UUGUGUUUAGUGGGUUAAAUGAAGAUAAAAUAGAAAUAUGCUAGAGAAUAAAGAUGGGUGAUUAAAUGUUUUGUUUUUUGCAAUAAAAGGGAAUGACUCAACUAACUUGGGACAGCCUGAAAUGGAAUACGACUUAGCUAACUUAACUAACUUGGGACGGAGGGAAUUAAAGGUUACAUUUGUUAGAAAGAGAUGUAGUAGCUACUCCAUGAAUAACUUGAGCAUAAUCCAUCUAUUAUCUGGCAUCUUCAGGUUGAGGAGACCGACGAAGCGAGAAAGAAAUUUUCUAAUGCAAAAUCUAUAUCAUCUGCCCAGUACUUUGGUAAUCAAACCAAGGCUAAUGAUUUGGAGGCAUCAGCUACAUUGGAGAAAUUCUCAGGGUCAUCGUCAAUUUCUAGUGCUGAUCUGUUUGGUCAGGAGUCAGGCUCUUCUGUUGACGUUACUGCGAGUGAGCUUAUUAAUAAGCUGUCUUUCCAGGCACAACAAGAUAUCUCCUCUCUAAGGAAUAUUGCAGGAGAAACCGGGAAGAAGAUAAGCUCCCUCGCAUCAUCGUUACUAACAGAUCUGCAAGACAGGGUCCUCUGAUAGAGUACAAUGUAUUGGUGUACAUGAAAAUGAGUUUGUUCAAUAUAAUGGAGUAUCUAGUUAAAAUGUAAAGAGAGCAUAAUUUUG